CAAACAAUGUUGGGUUUGAUUCAUGUCCUUGAUGAGCUCGUCAUUGGUCUUACACCACUGCUUAUCAUUCACUAGCCAAAACUCUGUUCCUGAAUCAUCCUCUCUCGGUUACAGUCCUUGUCACUCGAUUUCAUUGCGGGGUAAGAGAAGGAAAGUCACACGGGUAAUAAAGAGGAGAAGAAGCUGGUGGCAGAGGUUUUUCUUUGAUGAUGUUGGUUUGAGGGAUGACGACAUCGUUGAGGAGACAGCUGAGUUUGAAAAGGAUGAUGAGAUGUCCGAUGAAGAGAAAUUCGAGGCUUGGAAGACACGAGCAGAGGCCAUUGUGGAGCUAGGGGAAGGUCAGGAGGAGAUUGGUGACAAUGCUUAUGAUGGUGAUGUGAGCAAGAAAUGGGAGGAUUGGAUUGUGGAUUCAGAUGAUAGUUUACUUGAGUCCUGGAGCCGAGGAGGUGAGGGAAGUGACGACAGAUCAGAACUUGAUGAGUUGAUUGUUCCAGAAAGAGGGUUGGUUAAAAUGGUGAGGGAUACGGUUUUAGGAGUAGAGGAGGACGAUGAUAUUCCAUAAGAAGUUCGUGUUUUUCGUUAUGCAUCUUCAAAAUCUGCUAAAUUUUUGGCGGUAUCGACCCUCAUACCAUGGGCAUUGGACAUUUUAGCCCAUGAUUAUGUACUCAUGCCCUUUUUAGACAGAUAUGUAAAGACACCACUUGCUUCGCAGACACUUGAUGUGAGACGUAGUCAGAAGCUAGAAAUGGUAAAGGAACUGAAUAGAGAGAAAGCUAGGUACCAUCUUGAAGUCGAAAUUGGCAAAUCUCCGCUUCUCUCUGAUGAUGAUUUAUGGUGGGAGUUGCGGGGGUAA